GGCAAAGUCGCACGCAUCUUCAACUACCAAGUGCAAACUCCAAAACUCCUCUCACAACUCAAAUUAGUUCUUCCCACUACGAUCUAUAAUGACCUACACCUUGGCCGAGUCGUCGUUCGAGUCCAAGCGCGGCGUGACCAUCUACACGCGCGAGUACAUCCCGACGUCCGAGGACUUCAGCACGGUCUUCCUCUUCCUUCACGGCGUCGGCGAGCACUGCAGUCGCUUCCACACGUUCUUUGAGCACCUCGUGAACCAGCCCAUGGCUGUCUUUGCGAUGGACCACCACGGGCACGGCAAGAGCGGCGGCGACCGCUUCGACAUUGACCGCUUCGAGUCGUUCACGGACGACAUCCAUCAGUACACGUCUGUGAUCCGCGCGCGCUUCCAGAACAAGGCGGUCAAGUUUGUCGUCGGUGGCAUUUCGUUUGGCGGUCUUCUUGCGGCCAGCGUCGCGACAUUGAACGAGCAUGUCUACGACGGCGUCCUCUUGCUGGCCCCGGCGAUCGGCAUUGAAAUGAGCGGCGUCCUCAAGGUGCAGCAGUCCAUGGCGCCGCUCAUCAACAAGCUUGUGCCCAAGUGGAAGCUCGUGCCCGCCGUCAUCCUCGAGCAUUUAUCGCGCAACGCCGACUUUGUCAAGGACUAUGACAAUGACGAGCUCAACAGUCAUGGCAACCUCCGCGUGCGCCUCGCGUUUGAGAUUUCGCGCGGCAUGGAGAUGCUCAAGGCGCGCGAAGCCGCGAUGACGGCGCCGCUGCUCGUGCUCCACGGCGACAAGGACGUGGUCACGAGUCCUCGCCUUUCCAGAGAGUUCUUCGACCGCGUCCCGUCGACGAAGAAGACGUACACGAGCCUCCCGGGCCAAUUCCACUGCAUCAUCAACGAACCCGAGCGCGAAUCCAACCUUGCGCUCAUGACCGAUUGGAUCCAGCAAUUGUAAAAUAAUCCAUUUAAGCUAGUGAAGAACAUUGUGUCGCACUGUCGACAGACUA